AUGCCUUGGCCGUGCUGCCCAUCUGUUCGCGUCGCGCGGGUACCGGUCCGCGCCGCGCGGGUAUUAGUAUACGGUGCCUCCCACCUCCACCUCCAUAUCUUUAGCUACGACAUGUCAAACCGAGCGAACUCUAGCUCCGAGAUGUUCUCAGGCGAAGCAAUGAUGAUGCCGCUGCCGAAUCCAUCCAGUACAUCAUCCUUCAUCCAUGCACAUAUCGAUCUUAUAGGCAUGGUUAGAAAUAAAUGUCUUUGCAUGGAUCACUGCACAUUUGACCUGUAUGACGGCACAGGGUUCAUAAAUGUACACUACUGGUUUGAUUGCCCUCAGGACUCCAGGGAUGCUUGGUCGUUCAACAAUGGGGUUUAUGUACGUGUCGUCGGGAGGGCUACUAGCUUGGACAAUUUUUUCCAAAUCAAAGCCUACAUGGUCAGGACUAUAAAAAACUUCAACGACAUAACCCAUCACUUUCUCUACUGCAUCAAGGCUCAUAUUGAUAUUUCUAGUCAGAGCAUAUUAAAGAAAAACCUUGAUGCCGUUACGUCGGCAUCGACCGUCAUGCCAAUAAGCCAUAUCACUCCAAGUCAGAUUCCAAAUGAAUGUAGUCUCAAGGAGAAGAUAUUCUCCAUUUUGCGCGACUGAGCCUACCGUGAUAUAGAACAUGGGGUGAGCCUAAAGUUGCUUCGCAGCACGGUUGGCGCAAGUCAAGACGAUAUCAUGAAGGUGAUAGCAGAGCAACUCCAGCUCGGUGAGAUGUACACUACCAUUUAUGAACGACAUUUCAAGUCUUCGAACUUAUGAUCUUCUGGCUGAUCUUACGUUAUUAGUCUGUGUUGAGCACUAUGUUUUUUCAUCUCGGUAAUAUUUAUGUUUAUGUCAUCACUGCACUUCGGCUACUUAAUAAUUAGCAUCGUUGAUCGGUA